AAGGAUGUUAUCCACACCACUCCUGUUCAAACACUGAAGUCUUCUCAACCAUUCUUUCUCGCGAAUUGCGCAGCUGACCUAUGUUAGGACACGCCUGCUGCGAUGUUUUCAGGGUCUGGUUCGCCAAGCAUAUAAAGCUUGCGUGGAUUGCGAGGGGUGCGAAUAGCUUUCUAUAGCACCGUUCGUCGGUCCCAUUCCCAAAGGUCAUCUACAUAAUGUUCACUGCGGCAUUCGCGUUCCUCUCCUUACCCUUAUUGGCGUUGGCCUCUCCUCAGCUUUAUGGGCCACCAGUAGGUCCAUCAACCCCUACGACCUCUGAAGCCGUCGCUGCCUCUGUUCCUAGCGCUCCGCCCAGCACGCCUGGACAAAUCAACGUUGAUGUAGGGCCUAAUGGGAGCUUUAGUUACAACCCGAACAACAUCACAGCUUCCAACGGCACCAUUAUAACUUUCUUCUUCCCCAAUGCGGGCACCCCUCACUCGGUGGUAGAAUCAUCCUUUGCAAACCCGUGCACACCCUUGCAAGCUCAGGGCGGCAACCCAGCAGGUUUUGAUUCGGGCCUUACCAUGGGCACGCAAUUUACUUUGAACGUUACCAACGACCAGAUCCCCAUCUAUUUCUUCUGCAAAGUCCCCACUCACUGUGGUCUGGGAAUGGUCGGGGCCAUCAACGCACCCACUACUGGUAAUGGGACCCUUGCUGCAUUGGAAGCUGCUGCGUCGGCUAUUGGUGCUAACGAGCCUACAAUCGCUGACAAUGGACCAGUCACUGGUGGUGUUGGAGCUGAUGCUACCGCGCCUCCCGCAAGUGCAUCCGACGCAAGUACGACAGGGGGGAGCUCGCCGGGUUCAACUUCUGGUGCCACACAGAUUGCUAUCACCAGUUGCCUGGGACUCAUCGUUGUUGUGAUGUCUACUAUCCUCGCAUUGUAGAAGUUGGUGGCGGCUGUUAGUACAAAUGUCCCUAUUUCUAUUCUAUAUGGUCUUGUUGUGGACUUUUCUAAUUAGAUGAUCUUCAUGAU